UUACGCACACCAUCGCAUUUGACACUCCGUGAACCAAAAACAAACAGAUUCAGUGUGAAAUAAUCAUAAUUUAUGCCUUUUUCUGCAGCAAUUUCUUGCUAAGGUUAAGAUUCUGAUCAUUACUCGGAAUGUCCAGGCAAAGCUAGUGCCAGCAGGUUCAAAGAGCAAAGAUUCCAUCAACAAAACAGGAGUUCACAUUGAAAUUACAUUACAAUCACCCUGCCUCAUCCUCAGAUCAUCUGUCGCUCCCUUUGCUUUGUUUGCCACUGCAGAGAAAGCAAUCAUUACAGAUUUGCAAGGGCUUUUAGGAAAGCUCAAUUAAAGGAGUUUUAAUACGUAAUCGACAGCAAUUAGUAAAACUAUUUGUUUGUUCAACAUUUGUAGUUCCAACGUUCUUGGUUAAAGCUGCUGUGCAUUGAAAGACAAAUCUGAUCAGAUCCGCCUACUCCUGUGCACCAGACACUUUCACUUCUUCGAGAAAGUGUGCUUCAAUACAAGCGGAGCGUCGUGAUAUUCUACGCAAAGCGGCAGACAGUUCGUUUGCAACUCUCUCCAAAUGCCAAAUAUGUAUCGUGAGGCGACGCAUGCUGGUAGCUGGUAUACGGAUUCUGGAGCUGAAUUGAACCGCCAGCUUAAUGGUUGGUUGAACGAUGCAGAUCUAACGUUUGGUCCCGCCCGUGCCAUUAUCGCUCCGCACGCUGGAUAUCGCUAUUGCGGUGCUUGCGGUGCUUGGGCUUAUCGACAGAUUAGUCCUGCCGUGGUGAAACGUGUGUUCAUUUUGGGCCCUUCGCAUCAUGUGCGAUUGUCCCGAUGCGCCCUAUCAGCCGCUCAAUACUGCCGUACGCCAUUGUACGAUCUGAAGGUGGAUCAACAAAUCAACAAGCAGCUAGAAGCUACGGGCCAUUUCAAGUGGAUGGAUCAAAAAACGGACGAGGAUGAGCACAGUAUCGAAAUGCAUCUCCCAUAUGUGGCAAAAGUGAUGGAAGAAUACAGCGAUCAAUUUACCAUCGUCCCGGUGAUGGUCGGAUCAAUCAGCAACGAAUGGGAAGAAACGUACGGUAAAAUAUUUGCACCAUACCUGGCUGAUCCGCAGAAUUUGUUCGUCAUUUCGUCCGAUUUUUGCCACUGGGGCCAACGGUUUCGUUACACGUAUUAUGAGGAAGGAUCCGGCCCUAUUUACAAAUGGAUCGAAAAUCUGGAUAAGAUGGGGAUGGAUUUGAUAGAAACCCUCAAAGCAGACAGCUUUAGUGAAUACCUGCGAAAGUACAACAAUACGAUUUGCGGCCGUCAUCCGAUCGGUGUACUGAUGCAAUCCGUCGAAGAACUGAAACGCCGUGGUCACCGGAUGAGCUUCAAAUUCCUGAAAUAUGACCAAAGCAAUCAGUGCUGUGAUAAGAAAGACUCCAGCGUGAGCUAUGCCUCCGGUUCACUGAUAUUUGAGUGAGCUUCUCAGAAUCAUCUCUAUCGCUAAGGCGAUGAAUGAACGUGCUAAUCACUCGAGUGCGUUUCACAGCUUCUUAUGUGUCACGUCCACGGUAGUGUUGUGUAAAUCCACUAUCUCGGUCGGCCACGAUGCACGUUUCAUUCGAUUUUUUGUGUGUUUUUUUCCUUCUCUUUUUAAUUCGUUUUAUAUCACUGUGUAAGGCAUAGAUAAAUUCAUUUGUUUCUCAUUUAAAAUUGUAAUGAUAAGCUACAUGAUUUUAUUCAUAAAGAAAAAGAACAAAUUAUCUUUCAUUGAACAAUUUGCACCCUGAAAAUGUAUUUCAAUUCGUUUGCUGGCGUAUUUCUUUUUGGACAUCUCUCCUCAAGUCGAAUUCUCAUUUGCAUAACAGGAAGGGAGAACGGUUCCCUUUGUUUAAAAGCUCAUCAAAUUACGAGAACAUUUUAUGUAAGAAUAUACUAACCGUUAAAAGGGAUAGCUUAAGUUCUGAAGAAAUACAAGAUUUUUUUAUUAUAUAAAUGUUCUUCAAUUGCUAUGUAGUGUUUAACAACAAAACAUGAAAUAAAAAUGUGUCUAAUCGGAUCAAGUUUAGUUUAAAACGCAA